GUGCGCCGGAGCUUGUGGCGUCAAUGCGCCCGCCGUGUCCAUGGAGAGAGGCUGAGGCUGCUGAGCUCUGGCCCGAGGCACUGGGCGCCGGGGUGGCGAAGAUGUCGGCUUCGUUAGUCCGGGCCACCGUCCGGGCUGUGAGCAAGAGGAAACUGCAGCCCACCCGAGCCGCCCUCACCCUAACACCGUCAGCAGUAAACAAGAUAAAACAGCUCCUUAAAGAUAAGCCUGAGCACGUAGGUGUGAAAGUUGGUGUCCGAACCAGAGGCUGUAAUGGCCUUUCUUACACUCUAGAAUAUACAAAAACAAAAGGAGAUUCUGAUGAAGAAGUUGUUCAAGAUGGAGUCAGAGUGUUCAUCGAAAAGAAAGCACAACUAACACUUUUAGGAACAGAAAUGGACUAUGUCGAAGACAAAUUAUCCAGUGAGUUUGUGUUCAAUAACCCAAACAUCAAAGGAACUUGUGGCUGUGGGGAAAGCUUUAAUAUCUGAAACCUCAGGACUCUCUGGCUAUGAGCUCCAGGAGCACUCACAGACUCCGCCUUGGGGCUUACUGAAGAAAUCAUGUGACUAUCGCCUGUUUAAUGUGUGGCUGCCUUGUAAGAAAAUAAAGUGAUGCAUUUUGAAAACGAAGCCAAUAUGUUAGAUUCAGGAAGAAGUGAUAUUUGAAUUCUCUGUAGGGGACAGAAAAUGAAGUACCAUCACCCUCUUUGUGGAUAUUUUUCUUUUCUUGUAAAGAGAAAAAUCCUACCCUUCACUUAAGUCUCUUGGACCCUUUCUUUUAGAACCAGUUUCAUUAAAAAGGAUUGGAUCUCUA